AUGUUUUCUCUCCUUAUUCAGGCCUUUAAAAUUGAUGAUUUUACAAUUCAAGAAGAUCAAGUCAAAGUUGCUAAAGAUGUUUUUAAACGUUUCGAUAAAAGAGGACAAGAGAAAAUCAGCACUACUGAUUUAGGUCCAGCUUUUCGUGCACUUAACUUGACAGUUAAGCCAGAUACCUUAAAAGAAUGGGCCGAUCAAGUUGAUGAUGAUGCUACCGGAUUCAUUGACUUCAAUGGAUUUCUGAUAUGUUAUGGAAAGAAACUUCAAGAAGAUCAAGAUGAAAGAGAUCUUAGAGAUGCUUUCCGAGUAUUGGAUAAAAAUAAACGUGGUGAGAUCGAUGUUGAAGAUUUAAGAUGGAUUUUGAAAGGUCUUGGAGACGACCUUACUGAAGAGGAAAUCGAUGAUAUGAUCAGAGAUACUGAUACUGAUGGGUCUGGCUUCGUCGACUUCGAUGAAUUCUACAAACUAAUGACAUCUGAAUAA